AUGCUCAACAGGACAUUCGCUGCGUUUUGGCUCUUCGGACUGGUCAAUAAUGUCCUCUACGUCGUAAUUCUUUCUGCGGCGGUAGAUCUCGUUGGACCAUUGACUCCUAAGGCCAUUGUGCUCAUGGCUGACGUGCUUCCUUCAUUCUUGCUAAAGCUGGCAUCGCCUUUUUUCAUCCACACAAUCCCCUAUCAUAUUCGCAUUUGCAUCCUUGUGCUUCUAAGUUUCGUGGGAAUGCUGACGGUCUCGCUGUUUGAAAACGUUGCAGUUGUACUCUUUGGUAUCAUUCUUGCAUCCAUGUCCUCCGGUCUGGGCGAGACCACAUUUCUUCAGCUGACUCAUUACUACACGCAAUCAGCUCUAAGCGCAUGGUCUUCUGGAACAGGCGGAGCAGGGCUUGCCGGGGCCUUUGUAUACAUGUUCUUGACUACAUGGAUGGGAAUUAGUGUCAGAAAUGCGCUUUUGACAUUCUCUAUUGUUCCGUUCACUUUCAUUAUCUGCUAUUUCCGACUGCUUCCUUCCCCAAGCUUGAAGUUUUCUGAGCGAGUGGAGCAGCCAAUUCUCCUGGUGGAGUCAAAUUAUCAAAGCACCAUCAGAAGAAUCAAACCUCUGGUGGUGCCCUACAUGCUCCCUCUGUUCACGGUGUAUGUGGCAGAGUACGUUAUCAACCAGGGUGUCAGUCCAACGCUACUUUUCCCGAUUGAAGAGAUGCCAUUCCACAACUAUAGAGACGCGUACGUCACAUACGGAACACUAUACCAGCUUGGGGUUUUUGUAUCGAGGUCAUCAGGACAGUUUGUGCGGAUCCAUAACCUUGCGAUGCCUGCAUUGCUCCAGACGAUCAAUUUGGUGAUUUGUGUGUUGCAAUCCAUGUAUGUCAUUUUCCCGAACAUCUAUUGGCUGUUCUUUCUCAUCUUGUACGAAGGACUCCUGGGAGGGUCUGCGUAUGUGAACACGUUCAUGCUGGUAACGGAAACAGUACCUCUUGCCGAGCGAGAGUUCGCAAUGGGAUGUGUGGGGAUCAGUGACAGCGCGGGAAUUGUCGUUGCUGCGUCCUUGGCCAUGAUGCUAGAGCCCCAUCUGUGUGCAUUCCAGGUCGCAACGGGUCGAGACUAUUGCCAACGUUGA